GAAAUAACUGAGGGAUACAAGUUGUGAAUUCAUUAACUGCGGCUCUUAACUUAGACAAAUUGCAGUUAUCGAAAAGCGGCAUUCACAGAAAUCUCUCAUAUCGGAAAAUCGCAGUUUAGUCCAUCUAGGAAGCUGCAUGAGGUCAGCCUAGCGAAACCGACCGGCAUCAAUAUGUGCUAUCUCUAGAUAUUGGCAACACUGGCCGCGCGCUCGUGUUCCUACGAUGACGUCAUUCUAAGCUAGACGUGACAGAAAAAUUUUGUUGGUACUUGGUUGUGAACGCCAAAGUAUUGUUUUCGUUGAAUUGUGUUUUUGUUGAGCAGCGAAUUGUAUAAACAUAAACAUGGCAGGAGAAGAAGGAUCCUGGCGCACAGCAGCGUUUCGCCAAAGUGUUGUUUCCAAAAUAGACGAAGCAAUUCAGAGAUCUGGUAUGCCAACUGCGAAGAACAGUGUUGAAAUGGAGAACCAUGUCUUUCAGAAAGCAAAAACAAAGGAGGAAUAUCUGAGCUUUGUUGCAAGACUUAUUCUUCAUGUCAGAGAACUGAAUGCAAAGAAAGGCCAAGGGAUGAAUGGCCCUGCUGGAGGAGCAGGGCAAACAAUGCAGGAUCCCAUAAAUGCACUCCAAACAUUGGCAAGGCAAGGCACUGGUAAUGCUCAGAUGAUUGGACUGGGUCCACAGGCUGCAGGCAUGGUACCACAGCCGCCAAAUCAAAUUCCUGCUAGUAACUUAAAGGAAUCUUCAUUGGAGCUUGUAAGGAGGAACUCUAAACUUAUUGACAAGUGGAUAAGUAUGGCUGUGUUCCUACCAGUAACCUGCGCUUCUCCCUUCCCAACUUCCAGUUCCUGUUUCAUCAUUUCCAAACGUUGUUGUGUGUUACAGACUUUGAAUCAGAGACCGGGACAACCACUGGGUGGUCUGACUUCAUUGCAGAAUAAAGUUCCAGACCUAGGCCUGGGGCCAGGUGCACAAGUUGGUGCUAUAGGCCAGAUGGCUGGACAGAUGCAGGCACAGAUGCAGGGAGCCCAAAUGGGGCCCCAGCUAACUGCACAGAUUCAGCAACAACAGCUUUCAGGACAGAUGAGAGUGCAAAUGGCUCCUGGUCCACUGCAGAGCCAGAUGCAAGCUCAGAUGCAAGUCCAAAUGCAGACACAAAUGGGUACCCAGAUGGCUGGUCAAUUACCAAGCCAGUUGCAUGCGCAGAUUCCUCACAUUGCUCAGAUACAGGGAAAUGAUAAUAUGAUGAUGGCAAAUCAGGCAAGUGGUUUUGCUGGUUCACGACAGUUUUUAAGACAAAGUCCAUCACCAUCCGCUCCUUCACCAGCAGGACUCACUGCAGGGCCUGCAAGCAAUCAAAUGGCAGCAUCUCCAGCAUUGGUUCCAUCACCAAGUUCUCAGCUUACACCAAUGUCAGUGCCUCAAAGAUCAGUUGGAAUGGCACCCUCGCCAAGUAGUUCCUUAAACACUCCUGGCCCUGCAGUACCUACCCCAAGCCCCUGCAGUCAGCAGGAGGAUCAAGCUUAUAUAGAGAAAGUACGCCAACUCAGUAAAUAUAUUGAGCCACUUCGCAGGAUGAUUGCCAAAAUGGGAAAUGAUGACGUUGAAAAGUUGAGCAAAAUGAAGAAGCUCCUUGAAAUUUUGUCAAAUCCUAACAAGAGAAUGCCAUUAGAAACACUACUGAAGUGUGAAGUUGUUUUAGAGAAGCUUGAUUUUAAGAGGGGUGAGGGAAUUCUUCCUCCUCCAACUCACAUAAGCGCUUUGAAGGAACAUAGCCUCUUCAAUCCUUUGUUGGAGGCAGUUAGCAAUACUUUACAGAGUUCUUUUGCAAAUCACACUCUCCAGCGAACAUUUGGCCCAUGUUUAGAAGCAUUGUAUGGGCCCGAGAUUAAGAUGAUGCCACCACCAUUGAAGAAGAAGAAAGUGGAAGAGCAGCCAAAUGAUAUACCAGAUGUUCUGCAGGGCGAAAUUGCUCGACUGGACCAACGAUUUAAGGUUAGCCUUGAUCCAACACAGCAACCAGGUUCAAGAGCAGUGCAGUUGUUGUGUUGGCUAGAUGACAAACAUCUACCAUGUGUGCCACCUGUAUCACUAUCAGUGCCUGAGGAUUAUCCCCAAACACCCCCUAGAUGCCAUAUGGCCCCACAUGAGUAUGGCUCCACGGGGUUCCUGGCAGCAGUUCGAGAAGCUUUGGCAUCACGCAUCCUGAAACUGCCUGGACGAUUUUCUGUGUCACAGUUACUUGAUACAUGGGAGAUGAGUGUUCGUCAGGCAUCCGCUCCAGCAACAGUUGCAUCCCAGACACAAAGCACGUCUGCUGCUACUCUUCUUCUUGGCCUUUGAAUGACAUUUUCUGAACCACAUAAGCUGUUAGGAUUCGUUUUGCAUUGGAAAUUUUGUUGUAUAUAGUUUUCUGUGUGAUAUAUCUAUGUUUUACACUGUUCUGUGUCAGCUAAAUGUCAGUGUAUAUUGUUUCAUUUUAUGCUUUCAAAAUUGUUGUGAGCUUCAGAUAUGAGAGAUCUACGAUUAAUUUAAACUAAUUUGGAGGGAAGGUAAAGUUUAUUCUAUUGGAACAGCUGUUUUAUUUAGAAAAAAAGGCUAACUAACUUUUGGAGGCAUUGUGCUAUAACUGUAUUAUUUUGUAUAUAUGUAAAUAUUAUCAAUAAAGUUGAGAGUACAUUACACUAUAUUGUAGAGAUUC